AUGGCUGCCGUGCUUUCCACCUCGCCAGAGGAGCAUGCGCGCUUUUCGCCCGAUCCUCUGCGUUGCCCCGUCGCCCAACGAUACUUCCUAGAUGGUCCUAAUGUUCCUUCCGUCAAAUCUCCCAUGCAAGCAUUUCCCCCCAGGGACUGUCCAAGUCCCAUCCUCUCGUCAGCCCCGUCGUCCAUUUUAUCCUCGCCUGAUUUCACCCAAUCAACCGCUCGUCCCUUCGCUUCCUCGCCUACAACGCUCAGUAGUCUAUCACUCAACGUCAACGAUGAACAAGAUGACGAUGUCGUGCUUCCUUCGUACAACGCAAUUGAUUGUGCUUCCAAAGACGAAUGCUCCUCGGUGAGCUCGACACGCUCCUUGGUGGAUAUACACCGUUGGAGGCUACAGACCCCGGCGGCAGACGACCAUUCGAUCGAGGAAGAGCCUUCGAGGCACGUGGAUUACCUGUCCCACGAAUGGAAGGAGGAGGACAUCUGGGCCUCCUGGCGUUAUGUGACCGGCCGCAGAAGCGUAUAUGAGAACGGCGUGAGGUUGGAGAAUGCUUCUUGGAGGACUUGGGCGAAGAUGAGACUGGAGCUGGGGACUGUGUCCCCUGAAACCCUCAAUUGGCUGAAGGACUGCGAUGUGACCUGGCUCUAUGGUCCGUUGAAGACAUUCUCGGGCGGUAAGAAGCCAACCACUUCGCCACCGCCAAGCUGCUUUGAGACGCCCACGUUCUAUGUAGACAAGAAGCCCAUUUUGAAAAAGAGGACAGCCUCUGAGACCAUCUUACAACGCUCUUUGUCACAGCACACGCUUUUACAGCAUGCCGGUGCGAUCCUGAAGGCACAGGAGGCGGCCCUAAGCCGCAACCGCCCUCCUGUCUACCAUUACGCCACCGAUGACUUGUCCGUGGACUCACCUGCGGACACCCUGACGAACGCGUCGUCUGGCAUCGGGUCACCCAGCGAGAGGCGCCAUAUUCACUUCAACGACGAAGUCGUGCAGUGCAUCGCCGUCGAGGCUAAAGGCGACGAAGAUGACGGUGAAUGGCCGACUCCCGGUGGAGAUGACUCGGUUGCGGACGAAGGGGUGGUUAUGAUGAAGCAAAUAUUUCCGCAAGCCUCGGACGUCGAGAAGACCUCCGCGCGGACUAGCUCAACUGGAGACAACAAAACCAUUGCCCCUCUUCCUUCUACUACGCUCAAAUACCGUGGCGAUACUCCCGAGCCCCCGGCGGGCUCCCUAAUCGAUCGGUGGACUGAUUACCUCUCGACGUCGUCAUCGCAGUCCAGCUCCACCAGAGCCCUUCAAUACUCGGAUCCGUCGGCAGACUUCUUCCUCGACGACGAUGACUGUGGUGACAACGGCACUGACUUGUAUCCUACCUGGGAGUCGAGCCAGUAUCCGCUCGACCCGGAAAAACAAAGUCGUCCUUGGUUUGUGAACGUUGAAGACGAAGAAGAGCUGGGCAGGCAUGGUCGGCCACCCUUGUCAGCCGACGACAGCGAGCAGACCAAUACGGGCCUCAUCUACAGGAUUGUAGAUACUGUCAACACGGCCCGUGAUAUUGCUCAUGUCAUAUGGAAUGUCGGAUGGCGCCGAUGA